UGGAUGGAGAGAUAAAUCAGUGGGUCUUUCCAUCGUGCAAGUAACUUUGUGUUGAUUGUUUUCUAAAUUCAGGUUAUCUUCUUCUGUUUGCACUUGCAACCAGCUUACGAUGACCGAAUAACAUACACGAGAAUAGGUGUCUAUAUAUACUGCUUCAAGAAAUGAAAGAUUACACCUGGAGGAGAGUUCGUGGAGUAGAAAGCACAAUUUUAGGAGGAAGGGUGGCUAUAAAAUUUAUUUUGCAAACUAAAUUUGUACAUUGUAGACAUUAAUGCCUAAAAAACAUAUAGGGGUUACGAGAAGAUUUCCAGGAGAGUAUAAAAAAAAGGAGAUAUAAACAUAUGUGUCUUGAAUCGAAUUAGCUUUCAUUCCCUUCCAAAAGAGAAAAUGAGAUUAAGCAUGAAAAGUGCUUUACUAUCAACACUCCCACCCUCUUCAUCAGUUCUCUUAUUCUCCUCCUACUCUAAAUUCAAACUCAAAUCCCCACUCGGAAUUCCCAUUCGCGCUCUCACCUCCUCUUCUCUCCCAACCACCCGCGACCACGAUGAUUUAUUCGACCCUCUUUCCCUUCCCGCUCCCCAACACCUUCACAAAGCCACCAACGCCAUCGAGAGAAUCGCCCUCCGCUUGCGCAACUUAGGGUUAGCUUCCACCACCGACCUUGCCGACGCCGAAGACGAUUUCCUGCGCCGCGAAUGGCUUCGCCCCGACCAGGCGCUUUUUCCGUGGGACAAGGGACAAGAAGAAGACGCAGAGGAGCCCGGGGAACAGCAAAAGGAGAAGCUAAAGAAGAAGAACGUUAAUGCGUUGACAUUGGCGGAGCAAACGCUGGUGGAGGAGGAGCUGCGGCGAUUGCGAACCCUUGGAAUGAGUCUUAAGGAAAAGAUCACUAUUCCCAAAGCUGGCCUCACGCGAGCCGUGCUCGACAGGAUUCACCGUCACUGGAGCAACUGCGAGCUGGUGAGGCUCAAGUUUCACGAGUUUCUUGCUCAGAACAUGAAGUUGGCUCAUCAAAUUGUCGAGCAUAGAACUAGAGGGUUAGUUAUAUGGAGGUCGGGGAGUUAUAUGUGGGUUUACCGUGGUAAGAAUUAUCAAGGGCCGGUGGAGAGUGAUGCGACAUCUAUGGAAAAGAGUGAGGCAGUUUGGUGGAAGGGGGAGAACAUGACGCCAGAGGAAGCAGAAUUCAACAGGAUGCUGGAUGGCUUUGGUCCUCGAUUUGUUGAAUGGUGGGGUACUGGAAUACUUCCCGUUGAUGCUGAUUCACUUCCCCCUAUGGUUCCUGGUUACAAAACGCCUCUUAGGCUUCUUCCUGCCGGAAUGCGUCCGCAACUGACCAAUGAUGAACUCACGAAUAUGCGGAAGCUUGCUAAAUCUCUUCCUUGUCACUUUGCCUUGGGGAGAAAUAGAAAUCUUCAAGGUCUGGCAUCUGCUAUUCUUAGGCUUUGGGAGAAAAGUUUAGUUGCAAAGAUUGGUGUCAAGCGUGGUAUUGUGAAUACAAACAAUGAACUGAUGGCUCAGGAACUGAAGGCAUUAACAGGAGGUACCUUACUGCUAAGGAAUAAAUAUUACAUUGUAAUAUAUCGUGGGAAGGACUUUGUUCCAACCAGUGUGGCUGCUGUUAUUGCUGAAAGACAGGAAUUGACAAAACAGGUGCAGGAUGUUGAGGAGAAGGUGCGGUGCAAAGCUCUCGACUCAACUCCAUCCGGGGAAGAUGAAUCAACAGCACAAGCAGGAUCGUUGGCAGAGUUCUACGUGGCACAGGCAUGCUGGGGAAGGGAUAUAUCUACUGAAGAACGUGAGAGGAUGAUGCAAGAGGUUGCCAAAGCCAAAAAUGCUAAGCUUGUCAAAAAAAUUGAAUGUAAACUAGCUGUUGCCCAGGCCAAAAGGCUUAGAGCAGAAAAGCUAUUAGCAAAAAUAGAAGCAUCUUUGCUUCCAGUUGGUCCUGAUUAUGACAAGGAAACAAUCACAGAUGAAGAACGUGUUAUGUUCCGUUCAGUUGGUUUAAGAAUGAAGGCAUACUUGCCACUUGGUAUACGUGGUGUUUUUGAUGGUGUUAUUGAGAAUAUGCAUUUGCAUUGGAAACAUCGAGAACUUGUUAAAUUAAUAACAAAACAAAAGACCCUUGCUUUUGUUGAAGACACAGCUAGGUUAUUGGAAUAUGAAAGUGGUGGAAUACUAGUAGCAAUAGAUAAAGUUCCUAAAGGAUUUUCUCUUAUUUACUACCGUGGAAAGAAUUAUAGGCGACCUAUGACAUUGAGGCCUAGAAACCUUCUAACGAAGGCAAAGGCAUUGCAGCGUUCAAUAGUCAUGCAACGGCACGAGGCUCUGAGUCAGCAUGUAACUGAAUUGGGGGAAAAAAUAGAAGAAAUGAAAAAAAAACUUGGUUUGUCUCAGGAUUUGGGGACUAAAGAUAGGUGGAACGUAGAGGACCACAACCAAAUAGACCAUAUAUCAGAGUUCACCCAAAGUGAGGAGGAAUACUCUGAUGGAGAUGACACUGACGGUAAUUUCAAUGACGACGAAUACAGUGAGUGCAAUGACAAUGAUUCUGAAUUUUAAAACUUUGAAAAUUAUGAGUUUUCUCUCUACGAAGACAGGUUGACGUUUUGCAAUGAAGUUCCUGAAUCAGAAUGGCUUCUGCCAUUGCCUGCAGCCAGCUAGAUGAGGCAUUUUUUUCUUUUAUGAAGCCAACAACAUAUUUGUUGUUCCCUACACCUAAGGUUGUCAAGAGGCAGGUGUGUAGACAGCAGGUUGAAUGGAUCUUCUGUUUGCACGUAAGAGUUGAAAAUUUUAUGGAGUCCUGUUCGAUCGAAGUUCUGGAAUUUGAGUAUGCCUACAAAAUCCCUCUCCAAUUCUAUGCCAGUCGAACUUCCACUGCUCUGAGAUAUGGAUAAGCAAUAUGCUUUCUUAUAUCAUAGUAUUUGUUAUUCUGACACAAUGCUUUUCGAUGCUCUUUCAUUUUUCUUUUUAAUGGCUUGGUGUUGGUAUACCCCCUACAAUAAAAUGCAACUUGGGGUGCAAAUUAGCUUAUAUAUUUGUAAAUUAUUCGGUUCAGCUUGUUUAACAAAAUAAAUAAAGUUAAACUUUUUUUUAAGGAUAAAGUAAACUUAUAGUCA